UAAAGAAAGACUAAAAUAUGGAAGAAUCUAAAGAAGUUGCCUCCAAGCCAGAUAAGCUUGACUGAAGGACCUCCAUAAUUGCAAUGAUCCAGUCCUAUUUCACUGACAGCAAAGAUAAGAAGAAAAAUAAGUUUGAGAAGUACAUUGGGGAGAUCAAGGAAUUGGUUGACUCUACUAGCAUGCUUAUUGAUGAAGAAAUCAAAAAUCUCAAAGCAAGCACUCCGAAAGGUGAAUACGAACACUCAGAUACAGCAGAGUUAGAGCAGAUCAUUCUAGAAGAAGAUCCUGGGGAUUCUAAAGAAGAACUCUUGGUCCUAAGAGAUCAGAUGAUUCUUAGUGAAAUGGAACAAAACCAUCCAUCAAGAUAUCAAGAACUUUCAGAAUAUCUUGGAAAGUUCAUAGCAAAGCAACUUGCACAGAUGAAGAGGGAGAUCGAAGAGCUGACGUAUUUUCUAGAGCCAAAUGAUCCUCAGAUUGUUAAUAUGGAGCAAGAAUUGACUAAAACUCAUUCUGAAAAGUUGAGAACAGUUCUUUUAGAGACAGAUGAAAAUUUCCCAGAAGCAUUCAUCUUUCUUGCCAAUGAACUAUUUGAAGACAGUAUCAGAAUGAAUUUUAAUGAUAACAAAGCUGAGCUUACCUCAGAAUCAGAGAUAGCCAAUUUUAUAGAGGAAUGGGCUGUAUUCUUCAAUGCAAUCCAGGAAAAUAUUUAUCAAGGAAGUAGUCUAUUCUGGGACAAGAACAUUCUUGAAAAUGACACUGAAUUCGUAUCUCUCUUUCUUAACUUGUUUUUAUACUCCCAGCAAGUAGCGAAUUCAAAGGAAAGCGAAGAGUUGAAGAUAUGCUACACUUCACUCUCUAAAUGGAUUAUCUCUGAGAUGGAGUGGGCAAGCAUCGAAUUAGAUGAUCUUAUGAACUACUACGAUGCUUAUGCUCUUGCCAGGACCACAAUGCUACCUCGUGAGAUGAAGUCUAAAUGUAAGGAAAUUACCAAGAUAACCUCUGAUGAGCUAAACAUAUUUAAGUUCAAAUUCAUAAUCUUCCACUUUGGGAUGUUCUUAACCAGCACUGUAAACCAAAAGGGGAAAUAUGAAUUUGGACACUACAACCCAGGAUACCGUCACUUUUUGUAUAAUUUCCUGGCCUCGUCAUUUGAGAAGUCCAGGGCAAGGAAGUUACUACAAAUAUUAGAGAAGUCAAUAGGAGAGUUCAUUAAGGAGACCUUAAAAUUUGAGUACCAAGAUCCCAUAGAUUCUCCACUGAAUCAGGAGUUCAGAGUUGAAGAGUUUGGAAAUUGAGUUAGUUAUGUCAAAUUUUGAGAAUAUAUGAAAGAGCAUCCUGAAGCUUUUGAAGACUACUCAAAAUCAACCUUCCAACCAGGUAAAUUUGGAGAACCGGAAGAGACAAGAUUCCUUGAUAAAGAAACUCUUAUGAAGCAAAGAAAAGAUAUUUUGAAAAAUUCUCAAAAAAUCAUUGAAGAAUCUAAAGAGCCUAUGAAAGCCCAGUUCGAGUUGAUUUCUCCAGAAUGAGAUCACGGCAGACAUGCUGUGAUCACUGUUUCUGGGUUCCUUAGUGAGAAAGACGACAACACAGAGUCUUGGAUUGGUCUAUGCAAGACUAAUCUAACUCUCCCUGUGUAUUCAUUCAGAUGGUCUUCGAAAGCAGGCUGGAAUAUGCUAAAGCCUAUAAUUCCAACAAGUGUCAAAAGCUUUUUCGAGUGGAAAAGUCUGUUGAAGAAGAUGAGCAUUGCUAUUAAGCUUAUCACUCUUCCAUUCGAUUACAGGGACAUCUUCGUUCAAGCAAUUAAGAGUGCUAGACUGUCUGGAAAAUUACUCGCUCACGCUCUUAUGCUGCAAUUCCCGUUUGUUAAUCAGAGUAUUUCUCUAGUAGGAUUUUCCCUUGGAACACAAGUGAUUUACAGCUGUCUGGAAGAACUCAAAGCUCAUGGAGCUGAAAACAUCAUAAACAAUGUGUAUUUCCUUGGAGGAGCAGUGAGCAUUCCGAAAUACGAAGACUGGGCAACUACUCUAUCUGUUGCAAGAGGAACGAUUACAAAUGGAUUUUCCAAAUUUGAUUAUAUCCUUCAUCUUUAUAGAGCAAGCAUGUUUAUGAUCCCUAUUGGUCGAAUUCCUCUAUUUGAGGUAGAUAAUCCACACAAAAUGACCAAGGCAAAGGAAGAACUUGAGGAAAGAUUCAAGAAAUGUAGAGAAGGUCUGAGAAUCAAGAAUUGAGAUCUUACUAAAGUUGCCAAAGGCCAUUUGAGCUAUAGAUCCCAACUGGUCAGUAUUAUUGAUGCUAUUGAGUUCAAUGCUUAA